UCGGCGGCGGCGGGCGCUGAACUAAAGCCUGCGGGAGUGCAGAGAGCAAAGAGCAGGCGCUCGCGCGCCGCGGUGGCAGGAGCAGCCCGCACGCCGCUCUCUCUCUGUCUGGGACCUGCAGUUGCAAUAUGACUUUGGAGGAAUUCGCGACUGGCGAGCAGAAGACCGAAAGGAUGGAUAAGGUGGGGGAUGCCCUCGAGGAAGUGCUCAGCAAAGCCCUGAGUCAGCGCACCAUCACCGUCGGGGUGUACGAGGCGGCCAAGCUGCUCAACGUCGACCCAGACAACGUGGUGCUGUGCCUGCUGGCGGCGGACGAGGACGACGACAGGGACGUGGCUCUGCAGAUCCACUUUACUCUGAUCCAGGCGUUCUGCUGCGAGAACGACAUUAACAUCUUGCGCGUUAGCAACCCGGGCCGGCUGGCAGAGCUCCUGCUCCUGGAACCGGACGCUAGCCCCGCGGCAAGCGAGGGCGCCCAACAGCCCCCGGACCUGCAUUGCGUGCUGGUGACGAAUCCACAUUCAUCGCAAUGGAAAGAUCCUGCCUUAAGUCAACUUAUUUGUUUUUGCCGGGAAAGUCGCUACAUGGAUCAGUGGGUUCCAGUGAUUAAUCUCCCUGAACGGUGAUGGCAUCUGAAUGAAAAUAACUGAACCAAAUUGCACUGAAGUUUUGAAAUACCUUUGUAGUUACUCAAGCAGUUACUCCCUACACUGAUGCAAGGAUUACAGAAACUGAUGUCAAGGGGCUGAAUGAGUUCAACUACAUGUUCUGGGGGCCCGGAGAUAAGAUGACUUUGCAGAUGGAAAGAGUUGAAAAUGAAGAAGGAAGCUGUGUUGAAACAAAUACAAGUCAAAAGAGCAAAAAUUACAAAGAACCACACAGGAAGGACAACAAACUAUGUAUUAAUUUAGGAUGGUUGAAUUACAUUAAAAUAAACCAAAUAUGCUUUGUUAAAGUUUAAAUGUUUGGCCGUAGUUGGGUACUUUUGUUUAUAUGUCCUCAAGCUAAAGGAAAGCAGAAAGGGUUAAUCAUAUUUUAAAACCAUAUUUUAUUGUAUUUUGAUGAGAUGUUAAAUUCUCAAAAGUUUUAUUAUAAAUUGUACUAAGUUAUUUUAUGACAUGAAAGGUUAUUUAUGCUAUAAAUGUUUUGAAACACAAUACCUACAAUAAACUGGUAUGGAAGAGUUGCAUCAUUUC